AUGGGUGGAGCAUCAGGGUACCUACGACAAGAAUUCAGAGAACUUGAAAUACUAGAUCAUAUAACUAAACUAAGAUAUGAUGGUCUACUACCAGGUCACAUUCAAGGUCACCGACGCAAUACUCUAGUUCGUGCUUAUCAAAUCUGGAAAAAGGAUGACUGUCCAAAGCAUGUCCAUGCCGCUAUUAAAUGGUCAAAAACAAAUCCUUUACAGCUGACUGACUAUGUUGAAGACGCUCCCUGGAAACUAUUGACGGAAAAAGAAAAAAAAAGAAAUCAAAACAAUGAGAUUCCAGGUGUGACUUCCACACAGAUACCUAAACAACCUGUAAAAGGCAUAUCGACAUUGACAGAAAAGGCCACAAAUGACCCAUUACCAGAGAGCAAUAUAAAGAAGCCAAAUAUCCCCUAUGAUCAAAUAAUCACACAAAGACAGAAACAACCAAUUGGUUUUAUCUGGAACUCAAGCUACACUUGUGCAUAUGAUGCGGUACUUACUAUCAUUUAUAAUCUGUGGGCAGAGAAAAUAAAUAAAUGGAAUUCAAAACUCAAAUUCAAUGAAAUACUGAUAAACCUAACUGCAAACUUCAAUGAAAUUAAAAAUGAACAAAUGACUAUGGAAGUA